UUAUUUAAUAUAAACAAAUAGUAAAGUAAUAAUGCAAUCAAUAAGAAUAGCCAAGAAAACACUAGCAAUGGCAGUUGUUUUAAGUAUUAUAUGGUUUUUGUUUUUUUGGAGCCACAUUGGAAUCUUAAGUUUUGAAAAUGUUGGUUCCAAAGCUAUUCCACUGGCAGUCAAAAACAAAUUAUGCUCUGUGAAUUAUGCUGACUACAGAUCUAAAGUCAAUAACAACAGUACUUUGAAAAUGAUAUACUAUGUGACGCCUACUUAUCCAAGGCCAGAACAGGUGCCCGAACUGACGAGACUUGCCCACACAUUGAUGCAUGUGCCCCGCAUUCACUGGAUAAUUGCCGAUGACCAACCUCUAUGUUCUGAAAUGGUGUUAAAUAUUCUCAGGCGUACUAAUCUGCCAUUCACACAUAUAUCUAGUCCAAAACCUUUUCUAUAUAAAGGCACCAAUUUCCCUCGUGGAGUAUCAAAUCGUCGUGCUGCUCUUGCUUGGCUUCAAGAAAAUGUUUCAGAAGGUAUACUUUAUUUCGGUGACGAUGACAACACAGUCGACUUAGAAUUGUUUGACGAGAUAAGAAAUACGAAGAAAGUAUCCAUGUUUCCAGUUGGCCUUAUUGGCGGGUAUGGAGUAUCUUCGCCUGUUGUUAAGAAUGGAAAGGUGGCUGGAUUUUUUGACUCCUGGCCGGGUUCAAGAACUUUUCCUGUGGACAUGGCAGGUUUUGCUGUAAACAUUAAAUUCCUAAAACCAUCAGCUACAAUGCCCUACAUUGCUGGUCACGAAGAAGACAAAUUCUUGGUAAGUUUGGAUUUGAAGAUGGAGGACAUUGAACCACUAGCAGACAACUGUACGAAAAUCCUCGUCUGGCAUACAAAGACUGCUAAAUAUAAGAAGCCAACAGUUAAGAUUAAUCUGAAACAAUUCGAUGGGCAGCCUAAAUUCCAGAACUUUGUUAAUCUUCUUAAAGAAACCUCGAGGCUGGGUAUGGCAAAUAUAGAAUCAAAUAACGGAACCAAACCAUAUAUAAUUCGCGAUCGUAAAAGCUAUGAAACCCUUAGUGGUUUACAGUAGAUCAUU